GAUCCGUGAUGAACGCUUCUAAAGUUCUUGAUUUAUAGAUGGGGGCGGUGGUGAAUAUGUCAAUUAAUUUAGUGGAGAAGUUGAGAAUGGGUUUACUGACCAAAAAAGGUUAAAAUAAAUAACCCUAACUUGUUGACGCAGAGAUUGGUUUUGAAAACCCUCGAAGAGUCAGAAACCAAACUUGUCUACGCCCCUCUCUUUUUUUUUGUCAAUCACCUUCUACUGCCUCACCUGCCUUAAUCAAUUUUGCGUUAGGUGUCAUUACAAAAGUCCCUAUUUCUCUAAUAAUCUUUCCUUGUCUCUGAUCCUUUGGAUUCCUUUCCGUACUGCCUGAUGAUUACUUUGAUUUGUUGAAUAUCCUUCUGAGACUUAUUUUUCCUGCUAGUUUGGAUUCGGGAGUCAAGUCUUGUCAUCUGAGGUCGUAUUUUGAGCUGAUAGCAGCUCUUUUUUGGUUCAUGUGUGGUUUAUUGCACGGUCGGUAGCCUUAGCAUAGUUUCUUAUUAGCAUUCUACCCGAUGCUGUCCCUGUCUCCCAUAACCUUGAUAUACAAGUUUCUAACAUGUUUUCAUCUCUCUCUGUUUGCUCUAUAGCUGACGCUUCUUUGGCCCCUGAAUCACUAAAACGUACAUUAUUGUGUCCUUUUACUACCUCUAGCUCCUGUUUUUCCUUAAGUCCAACAGCUCUUGCCCUGUUGUUUUUGUAUCAAACACAAACCUAACACUGGUUCCUCUCGGGCACUUAUUUUGCUAAACCCGAUGGAAAUAUCACUCCCCGUUCAGAAAGCCACCGUUGUGCCCAAGCCUUUUAUUAGGUAUCUCUCUCUCUAUUCCAUGAACACUUUUCGAUUCGUAUAUAAGUGUUCAAACAGGACCUGUUUAUCAAUUUCUUUUUUUUUUUGCAUUCCCUAUGUUGGUUUGCAUUCAUUUUCAGGCUGACGAGGCUUUUAGCAAGGACUCUCUAUGAUGAUAAUAAUCUUACUACGUUAAGCGACAAUAAGAAGAAAUCUGAAAAAGGUGACAGCAGAGGGAAUAUCGUUAUGGUGCUGGAUGCUCUCUUAUUAGGUUUGUGUGCCAUCUCUUCCACGUUCUAUCCCCAUAAAGUCUAUUAGGUGAAAUGAACUUUGUCACAAUGGUCUUUUCAUUUAUGGUAUUUCUUUUGUUCUAUGCCCGCUAGGCGGCAAUGGGUUAGAGAAGAAGACUUGGCAAGAGACUUGAAGAAGAACCCCAAGCAAGUCCGAAAAAUAUUAAGACACUUUGAAGAAAAACAUUUGGUCACGCGUUACCAAAGGAAAGAGGUAUACCGUAUAUGCAGAAACUAUGCUCUCUUUCAGAUUGGUGUUUUACACUGCCGUUUUAAUGAUUCUCAAUCUUUUCAAUAGACUGCAAAGCGUGCGGAGAUAUAUAAUGUUGCAGUGGCUGCCACAGCUCAUAAGCUCCACACGCAAUCGUAUUGCUGUCUUGAUUAUCAACAUGUAUGCUUCAUAUCCCUAGUACUUUAUUUUUCUGUUUUGCAUUUAUUUUAUUUCAUAAAACCAAACUUACCAUAUAUCACUUCUUUUCUCUUACAGAUGUAUGAUACUGCUCGUUUGCGUCUGCAGAAGAUUAAAAGGAAACUCAAAGAUGAGCUAGAAGAUAAGUAUACUCUUCAGAAGUAUGGCUGUCCUAACUGCAACAGAAAGUAAAACUCCACUACUCUUUUUACUUUAUAAUAAAAUAUUUGUAUUUAUGAUGUCACUUAACCUGAAUAGAUUCUCAUUUCUUGUAUUAUAGAUAUAGUGCACUAGAUGCCCUGAGAUUAAUUUCUAUGGAAGACGAUGCUUUUCAUUGUGAGAGGUGCAAUGGUGUACUUGUUGUGGAAUGUGAUAAGCUAUCUUCCAAAGAAGUUGAAGAUGGAGGUGACAAUGCAAAGAGACGUCAGCGGCAAAGACUCCAGUUUGCGGAGGCUCUGAUGGAUCAAAUUAAUAGAGUAAAAGACCUACCGUUUCCUGUCUAUGAGAGUUUUCCGGAAUGGGAGGCUCGUGCAGCUUUGGAUGCUCGUGAAAAUGGUGACUUUAAUACUAAUGAUCCUUUGAUGUCACAGGGUGGUUAUGGUUCAACACCGAUGCCAUUCCUCGGAAUGACAAAGGUUGAGGUUAACCUUCGUGACGGAAAAGAAGAUGGAGUUCCUAGUAUCAAACCGAUGCCUCAAUGGAUGAUUAGGCAAGGAAUGAAUCUCACUAAGGAACAAAGAGGAGAGAUGAAUCAGGAAGAAAAGGUUGGUGGUGUCUCAGAAGGAGAAGUAAAACUUUCUGAUGACAAUAAACCAUCAGCCAUGGGAAAUGACAAUGAUACCUAUUUGAAGGAAACUUACUAUGCCGCUCUACUGCAGCAGCUAGAGGCAGCUCAAAAAAUGAAUCAGCAAGAAUCUACCCCUGACAUUCAAUCGGCUACUACAUGCUCAGAUCGUCAGGUUGGUAUGAAGUCCAAACGUGAAGAUGAAGAAGAUGCUGAAUGUGAAGAAGGGUCUCAUGUUUCAGGUCAGUUUGAGUUUAUUAUUACUUCAUUUCUAAUUCGCUAACUAGUUAGUUGAUCAUAUGAAAGUAAUGGGCCAUAGAUUAUAAAGAGAAAGAGUUUAUGUCUCUUGAUAUAUGCAAAGAUUAUGUGAUGCUUAGCUUUGUAACUUUUGAUGUACUUAAUUUUGCAGCAAAUGGAGCAGAUGUUGAAGAAGAAGACGACGGUGUUGAGUGGGAAGAAGGCUGAAAGCAAAUGGAUUAAAACCAUUGAUAAUAGAAUUAAUUAAGCUUAACUGUGAAAUGUCAUGUACACUAUAGUGAUUGGUAACUUAAUUGUGAAUCUCAUCAUCUGCACCAGUUUUCUCAAAUGUUAUAACAUUUAUAAACU